AUGCUCAGCUCGGUCGGCGGUUGGAGGUCGGCCGUCGGUCGUCGGUACAAGCUCCGAGGUGCGUUUCGUUGCGGCGAGUCGUUCGUCCGUCCGUCAGUCGGUUGUAGCGACCAGCUGCUGGUCGACCAACCAAUGGAACGACAGUCCGGGCGCUAUAUUAUAUACCAGCAAGCGUGGCGCUGGUCUACCAAUAGUCGGCACGCAUGUGUGACGACGGCGGCCUCAUAA